AUGUAAUAUAACAGCUUUUUAGAUUUUCUAAAUUCUCCUCUUAAAAAUAAAAAUUCUCCUCUUCAAAAUAAAAAUUAAACUGACCAAAAAUAGAUAGAAGAAAAAAAAAUUUACUAAAGUACUUAGGAAUUACUUAGCUCUUCCCUAGCAUCAGACACUUCCAUCCAUCUUGAUCUAAACUAUAAGUUAAUUGGGGAACAAGACUUAACAAAUUUAAGCUCUGUUUUUAAAAAAUGUGUUAAUCUGUCCAUCUUGAAACUAAUAUUGAAUGGAAAUAACUUAGGUGAUAAACUUAUUUUAUUUUUAUGUAAUGCUCUGUCUAAUUGUGUGAAUCUUUCAAAUUUGAAACUUGACCUAUUUUACAAUAACAUUACAGAAUAAGGCAUAUCUAACUUAAGUUCUGCUUUGGUAAAAUGCUCUAAUCUCUAAACUUUAAAUCUGGAUAUCAAAUCAAAUAAUAUUGGAAGCUAAGGUGCUUAGAUAUUAGGGUAAAUGCUAGGUUAGUAUUUGUAACUUUAAACUCUUAAUCUAAACACAAGUUUCAAUUAUAUUGGCCCAAAAGGUGCUUCUGGUUUAGUUUCUACUUUAGAAAAUUGUACGAAUCUAACAGAAAUAAAGUUAGACCUUUUUGUUUGUAGCUUAUGUGAAUAGGGUGCCUUAUAUUUAGGCUCUGCUUUAGCAAAAAUAAAAAAUCUUACUACUUUAAGUUUAGGACUAGACUAAAAUAAAAUUGACUUUAAAGGAACAUAGGAUUUAUGCUCUGAGUUAUCAAAAUGUUCUAACCUCAAAUACCUCACUCUUUGUUUGUUUGGUAAUAAUAUUAGAGAUUUGGGAAUAUCUGGUUUAGGUUCUGCUUUAGCAAAUAAGACAAAUCUCUCACAUUUGAAACUUUAUCUUUAAUCAAAUUUUAUUGGAGCUAAGGGUUUAUCAAUGUUUGCUUCAACUCUACCUAUUUAAAGCAAACUCUCUAUUUUGGAGCUUGAUUUAUCUAAAAAUGACAUUGAUUUUUAAAGUCUUUAAGAUUUGUGCUCAGCUUUAGUUAAGAUGCCUAAAUUGUAAGCAUUCAUCUUAUUCUUUGAGAACAUUUUUGAUUAAGGAUUAGAAGAGAUCAUUAAUGAAAGUGAUAUGGAAAGUUUACUUUGUAUUUUAGCCAAAUGCACUUAACUCUCAACUUUAUAAAUGCCUCACUAGUAUCAAUAUUCAAUUUAUUUAAUUAAUUUUUUUAUAUUUAAAAGGGAAUAAAAUCAUUUUGAAUUUUUUGAUUUAAAAAGAUAAACAAAAAAUAAAGAAAAUUUAACUGAUUAAAUUAAUAAAUAGAGAUUUUUAUUUUAAUCAUUAUUUUUAUAAUUUUUCAAAUUAAGUUACAUUAGAAGACUAAAGAAAACGAAAGUUUUAAAAAUGAAGAGAUUAGUUAGUAUCAAAAACUGA